UUUGUGUAUAGAUAUACCCAAUACAGCUGACUGCAGAUCCUCGCAGCCGGGCCUUCGAAGCCUCAGUCCUCAUCGGGCGCGCCAGCCAGCCGGUCGUUGGCUCCCGUAGCUCCCGUGAGCUCCCAGUGGCUGAUUUUUCUAAGUCCAUUAUCAACUUAGUGCUGUGACUGAAGAUGUCCUCAGGGAUGUACUAUUAUCGGCUUGCAAAUAUUAUAAAAACCUGAUCUAUAAUGGAGCGCGAUGGCUUGCCAGAAGAUCCUGCGAAACAAUGGGAAGUUCUUCUGUGUAUCAUCGCCUUCGAAGAAAAGAAGAUAGACCGCAGACCAGAUGGUGCAAUAGAGGCCCUAGCUUACUUUUACAACCACAAGGGAAUAAGGCACAUCUUCACGGAAUGGAUCAACCAGAUGAAGUUGAGCUAUGACAAGCAAAUGUCUGAAGAUGACACGGCCAGGAAGAAUGAUGAGAUGGCAUUGUUGUGGAGGCAGCGAGGAAACAUUAAGUUCAGAGCGGAAAUGUUUGAAGAGAGCCAGAAGUUGUACACUAAGAGUGUGCUCUUUGCUAGAAAAGAUGGGCCUUUGUACUCAGUGGCCCUAGCUAAUCGAUCCGCUGCAUCCCUUCGACUCAGACGCUAUAAGGAGAGUUUGAGAGAUGUCCAACGCGCUCUGAACCACCAAUACCCGCCAGAUCUCCAACACAAACUGUACCUGCGCCGCGCUGAGUGCUUCCUAGAAAUGGGCCAAAGACAAAACUGCAUCGAAGCUAUGAAACAGGCAGUUAGGCACAAUGAGAGGAUAAAACUCAAGGGCAUUUCUAAAGCGGAAUUCGACAAAUCGUACCGUUUGCUGGAAGAGAAAAUAGUAAAAUUGAAGCACGAUGCGCCCUCCGACGAGCUACACUUACCGGAGUUGUACCUCGGAGAGAAUCCAGAGUUCAGAAACGCCUGCGGAGCUGUUGAAUUAGUACGAAAUGAGGAGUUCGGGCGUCAUGUGCUGGUGAAGGAACCGGUGAAGAGAGGCGAUGUUAUAUUCGCUGAGGAACCAUUCGCCUCCGUCAAACUGCCGGAUAAGGACUUGCCGCAUCCCUACUACUGCGACUACUGUUGCAGCAGCGAUCCGGCUAUGAUUGGGUGCAGCGACUGUUCCCGCGUGGUAUACUGCGACGAAGCUUGCCACUAUCUCGGCAAAAACUUUUACCACCGUUGGGAAUGUAUUGGAGUAAGAGCUAACAUAUUCCCUAUUAUAGGGAUCGCUCAUUUGGCCUUUAGGGUUAUGUUAAAAUACGCCCACAAGGGCUUCCCUCGGCUGCCGGAGUCAGCCGGCACGCCGACCACGGCUGCCGCAUUGAUUGCGGAGUACAGCAAAGUGGACAACAUCAACAUCUACAAGAAGGAAACAGAGUCUUUCUACCGUAUGUUCAACCUUUCGUCGAACCUGGGCAGUUCGGCGAAUACUGAUAACAUACAGUACGCCCUAUCGUCCACCAUGCUGACCCUGUAUCUUGAACAAAAUACAAAUUUCUUUGAGUAUUUCCCGGCUAGAGUUGGGUAUCCCCUACCCAUGAAUGAAAUGAAGCUAUUGUGCGCGGCCUUGAUAUUCCGUAGCUUGGGCCAGCUAAUCAGUAACGCACACACGGUCAUGGAAUUAAAUACUGGUCAAAAUCCUAAUAUGCCAAUACCGUGUACGUCCAGCCCCUGGCGUCGAAUCGGAACGGGGAUAUAUCCCAGCGCUUCGAUGAUGAAUCACUCUUGUGAACCGAAUAUCACAAACGUGUUCUACAAAAAUCACCUUUUCGUUAAAGUGAUUCGUGAGUUGCCCAAAGGGGGUGAAGUUCUCAAUUGCUACGGUCCUCACUACGCAAGAGCCUCCACCGAUGACCGACGAGAAGCCCUCCGCAUCCAGUACGGCUUCCACUGCAUGUGUCCUGCCUGCGUUGACGAAUCCAGAAAAGACUUCGUCUCGCUGUUUUCGGCGUACGCAUGCUCGUCAUGCAAAGGUCCUGUUACUUGGGAAGGGACGAGAAUGUGUUGCCACCAGUGUCCCAAUGAGUUCCCGCUGCAAAGAGCCCAGAAUGCUGCUGAAACUGCUGAUGCAAUGCACGCAAUAGCGAUGCGCGCUCGAACAAAAGAGGAGCGUUGUGACCGAAUGGUUCGGUCCUACAGGCUGAUGCAGCAGGUCUUGUAUCGCCAUCAUAAUAUACUGAGAAAGGCGUCAGACGAUCUGGCCAUGCUAUACGCCGCUAUAGGCGAGUACACAAAAAGCAUUGAUCUGAUAAAGCAAAACAUUCAAAGUUUCGAAUACCAGUUCGGAUCAUUCAGCGUUGAGGUAACCAAUGAGAUAAGGAAGAUGGCGAACCUAAUGUUGGGACGUAUAAUGAAGUAUUUGGACAAUCCAGAAUUAGAUGAACGCCAGCCAAUGCCUAUAAAGGAUUGGAUCCGCGAGACGUUAAAGAUUGCUAAGAAAGCAACGCAACUAAUGGAGCUGAACUUCGGUACGUGGCAGCCGAUGUACAGAGCCCUCAAAGACAACGAGGAUGUGCUGGAGAACAUGCUAGCUGGCCCGCGGUUCCACGAUCACCCUGAGUGCUUCAACCAUCGCCUGCAGAACCUCAACCUCAUUUAGCGAGCUAAGUGCACGUUUAUUUAAGAAGGUGAAAUAAGCCUUCGAACCUGGGAUACACAAAUUUACUCAAAAAUACACUAAACUAAAUUGUAAUAUGAAGAAAUCUAAUUUAGUGGUGUUUCCCAGGUCCAAAUUUUAUUCGGACUUUUCGACGUGAAAUUUUGUAAAACCCUAUAAUAAUCAUGUGUAUAUAAUGUGCGUUCUGUGUGUAAAAACAAAUUAAGAUAAAUGUGAUUGUGAGAUGGAACACAAAAAAGACCAUUGGUUCGUAGGAUUAUAUGGAUCUUGAUGUAGUGCGUACUUGGUGUGCCGUAAUUAUGUUUAUUUGAUCACCGCUUUCUAAAUAAAUUUAGUAAAACUAUUGUCGAUUACCUUGAUAGGACUUUGAAAACUAAAUUGCACAAACAUUUGUGACAAUUUUCUUCACGCGUUCGUAAGAUCUCCAAUUGAGAAUAGCUAAAUAAUAUAGUCGCGAAAACCAAACAACCACACUUUUUUACAAAGGGAAAUUCUCUCCAACAACAAGUUUAUAAAAUAACAAAUAAUGUUCCCAUCCUUCACACCAGCACACAUCAUUAGCCUAUAGGCGCCCGACUGCCCAUUGCUCAGCAUAGGCGUCUUCUUACUACGUGGAAAGGAUUGAGCAUCAAUCAUCACGCUUGUGUUUUCGCUUUCCAACUUAUAAUUAGAAAUUAUAAGUCUUGUUUCCCUUCACCGUAUGUCAGUGUCACAUUGGUACUUGACAAAUUCUCAAUCCUCACCUUUAUGCUUGAGAAGCCGGCGCCAUAACCUGCUGGCCACCGUGACAUAUAGACCUCCAUCUUACCUUCAUUAAAAAUAAUCAGUCAUGGCAUGCCUUAUAAACAUUUUGUAGGUAAGUGAUCAUAUGAUUUGUAUUGUGCUUGGUUGACAUCAAAAUGGCAGUUGUAAAGAGUGACAAACUGGUCUGAGUGGCAUUAUCUAUUUAGUCUCGCUGGGUAGAACUUGUAGCUGGAUGAUCAUUUCGUUGGGUUUGGCAUCAAUAAACCUGUCUGAUCUUGAACUGAUCAAAAUUUCAGAUCAAUAAAUAAAAUUUCUUUAAUUCUCAACAACCUAUUUCAGUCUUCGCUAAUUUGAUUGAAGAAAUAUGCGAAAUUGUGAUUUGAGCAGGUUUGCUAUCAGCUGCAGUAUAAAUAAGUUGCCUCCGCAGACAGUGAACGAUUUCGUGUAUUAAGCUAUCCACAGACUUUUAACUUGUAACUGACUGAAGCCUAAAAAAACUUGUAAAGCGCAGAUGCCCCAAUUCAUUAUGUCCCUGCCAACUAACCCCUUUCACCAUUGUCUUCGACUUUUAUAAGUCUACUUCCUCCAGUGGUAGAGCACAGCUGUAGGCACUCGUUGUCUUAGCUCGAACAUGGGCAUGCUCGACCGGGGUAGUACCACGCUCUCACAGAAGAUCGACGGGACACAUCGACCUUCAAGUUGUGUUUCGUUCGGUGAGUGAAGAGUUCCGGCGCCCACAUCUUCCCCCACCCUCAUUUCACACCCUCCCAUUCCAUCAGCAUCGUCUUCGAUUUUAUAAUCUACUUCCCCUACUGAUGCAAAGGCCCUCCGUCUUCCCUCAUCUUCGACCAUCUUUUUUCUUCUACUAGGGCACUCAUUGUUUUAGCUCGUAAAUGGUCACACUCGACCGGCGUAGUACCACCGUGCUCUCACAGAAGAUUGUCGUGACAUAGCAACCUUAAGUUGCUUUGUUUCAUUCACUGUGUGACGUUUUUCGACGCUCACUUCUUCCCUUACUCCAAUUUACCCCUACUAACUCCAUUAUCAUCGUCUUCGAUUAUCCAUUUUACUACCUCCAGUAGUAGUGCACAGCUGUAGUCACUCGUUGUCUUAGCUCGUAAUUGGGCUCGCUCAACCGAAGUUGUAUUACACUUUCACCGGACAUCAUCAGGACAUAGUGACUUUCAAGUUGUUGGGAUUCGUUUGGUGAGCGACGAAUUUCAGUGCCUACAUCUUUCCCGCACUCUGACUUCCCUUUACCCAAUUAUACAAACUUUCACAAGUCUACUUCCUCUAGUGGUAGAGCACAGCUGUAGACACUCUUUGUCUCAGCUCGAACAUGGGCACGCUCGACCGGGGUAGUACCACGCUCUCACAGAAGACCGAUGGGACACAGCGACGUUCAGUUGCUAUGUUUCGUUCGGUGAGUGAUGAGUUCCGGAGCCCACUUCUUCCCCUACCCCCAUUUCACUCGUCACUAUAUUUUUAAUGGUUAGUUUUGACUAGUCCACUUCCUCUACUUACAAGGCACAGCUGUAGGAUCUCGUUGUCUUACACAACCGACGGAAAAAGCUACCUUCAUGUUGCUGUGUUUCGUACGGCGAGUGACGAGUUCCGACACCCACAGUUGCCUACACUUUGGCUUCCCUUUACUAAAUAUAUCUUCUUUCACAAGUUUGCUUCUUCUAUUGGUAGGUCACAGCUGAGGGAUCUCGUUGUCUAAGCUAUCGACGGGAAAUAGCGGCAUUUCAAGUUGCUGUGUUUCCUUCGGUGAGUGACGAGUUCCGCGCCUUCAUAUUCCCCAUUCUUCUACCUCAUUUCCUCCACGUCACCAAUGUUUAUCAUUGUUAUUCAACUUUUACAAGUAUACUUCCAUCUAAUAGUAAGACACUACUAAAGGAUCUCUUUGUCUUCGACAAUUCUUCUUUUCUUGAGUGACGAGUUCCGACACCAAUAUCCACAUCUUCCUCGAGCCUGGCUUCCCUUUACCCAAUUAUCAAUUGUACUCUCCUUUCACGAGUUUGCUUCAGCACACCUAUAGGUAGGUAUUCUAUGUCUCAACUCGUAAACGGGCACGCUCGACCGGGGUAGUACCACGCUCUCACAGAAGACCGACGGGCAAUAGUGGCGUCUAGUUGCUAUGUUUCGUUCGGUGAGUGACGAGUUCCGGCGCCCACAUUUUUCUCUAUCCCCACUUCAUUCCCCCAUCCAAUUCCUCAUACUUUGUUACUGUCUUUUAUAGUCUACUUUCACUAGUGGUAGAGCACAGCUGUAGGCACUUGUUGUCUCAGCUCGUAAGUGGGCACGUUCGACUAGGGUAGUCGCACGCUCUCACAGGAAGUCUUGUGAGACCGCGUGGUAUGGUAUGUUAUCUUCUAUGCAUGAAGAGUUCCGACGCUAAAACUGUCUUUUCUCUUAUGCCAUCUUAUAACUAAUAUUUCUCUUGAAUCAACUAAAUCUUACCCAUUUCUACGACAUUCCAGAAAUGACUCGACAUAUCUCUGUCAGCCGUGAAGGUUUUGAAUUGUGACUAAUCGACUAUCAACUUAAGUCAAAGAUGCACUGCAUAUCUUGAAAAAACUAAUACGGGUGCUGAUACAGUUCGUGAGGUCUUCGUCACUUUAUUGAGACAGGAAAUUAAAAUUAUUUUCACAUGACACGCUCCACGUAUUAGUAUUUCCUAAGGUAUGAGUACUGGAAAUAAUUGUUAUGGAGAAUGUAGUUCUCAGUGUAAAGGGAUUACGACUAAAUGUUAAUAUUGCUUGAAUCCUGUUUCUUCCGCCCUCUGAGGUGAGGUGUACCUAGUCAAUUGCAUCUCAUAAAGAGGCACUUUCCCCUGAGUAGUACCACGCUCUCACAGAAGACCGGCGGGAAAUAGCGGCGUCUAGUUGCUGUUUCGUUCGAUGAGUGACGAGUUUUUUCACUUUCUGUAUUUUAUCUACCAUUCUGCACCAUUGACUUCGAUUUUCAUAUGGCUACUUCCUCCAGUGGUAGAGCACAGCUGUAGGCACUCGUUGCCUCAGCUCGAACAUGGGCACGCUCGACCGGGGUAGUACCACGCUCUCACAGAAGACCGAUGGGACACAGUGACCUCUUCGUUGCUGCGUUUCGUUCGGUGAGUGACGAGUUCCGGCGCCCACUUUUUUGUUUUCCCCUUUUUGUUACUUUAUUGCACUACCCCCCUCCCCCCUUGCACAAAUUUCUUCGACUUUAAUAAGUCUUUUUUCUCUUCUGCUAGAGUGCUAGUGUGCGUUAUUGCCUUACCUUAAAAAUGGCAAAGAUCUGACGGAAUAAUACUAAGCUCUCACUCAAGGUUGAUGUGAAAUAGCGUUAUCUGGUUGUUGUGUUACAUUCAGUGAGUGAUGAGUUCCGGAGUCCACUCUAUUCUCUUCUUCUAAUUGUCGCUCCUUCCCUCCCUCUAUUUCACAGUUCCCUUAACUUUUGCACCGCUGUAGGUACUUUCACCUUCACUCGCUAGUAUUAGGCCUGGCUUAAGUACUGUCACGCUCUCACACCCAAUCAACUGGAAAUACCAAUAUCUAGUUGUGUUACGCUAUAUGAGAAAUAAGUUCUAUGUAACUUGGUCUUUUUCUUCUUCCCGUCACCCCGCCUAUCAUUCACGUGUUACAUCAUAACACCAAUGACGGGGUGAUAAACGUUCUUCGAUGUAAACAGUCUUAACAUCUUUUUUAUCAUCAUUAAUACUACUUACAUCUAGCUUCAACUCCAUCAUCCAUCUGUCAGAUUCUGUCGUCCAUUACUGUCGGAUUGAAAUUAAUGUUAAUGCUGAUGUCUUUUCUUGCUAAUGUCUUCUUUCACAACAAUUCAGUAUAUCUGUCCCUUCUCUGAUAAUUCUAAUUCCCCAUCCCGCUGUCCCCAGUCCCCACCGUUUUUCGCAAUCCUAAAAUAUCCUGUAAUGACUUCCAUUUUCAUAAUUUGUUUUUAUCUAGUGGUAGAGCACAGCUAUAGAUACUCGUUGUCUUAGCUCAAACCAGGGCACGCUCGACCGGGGUAGUACCACGCUCUCACAGAAGACCGAUGGGACACAUCGACCACCAAGUUGUUGAGUUUUGUUCGGUGAGUGAUGAGUUCCGGCGCCCACGUCUUCCCCUUCCCCUACGUCUUCCGUCCACCUACUCCAUCUUUCCUGCCCCAUUUCACCCCGCCUCUUAUUUCCAUUUUAUUCACUAUCUUCAAAAAACUAGUUUCUCUACUAAAAAAUGAAAUUAAAUUUGACUUAAGGAUGUUGUUGGAGAGCGUUCAAUUUUAGAAAUUGUAAACGUUAAAAAUUAUGAAGAUCUAAUCGGUUACCUAAAACGUUGUAGAGACGAAAUGUAUAAGAACAAGGUUUACAAUAUAAAUACAAUUAUAUAAAACAGCUACAUACUUACCUGAGAUAAAUGUGACAAAAUAGACUAAAAGUGGAGCUUGUUUGGCAAUUCCUAAAGGCAAAUAUGCUGUAUAUGUAAAGAUCUUGUGCAGCUCUAAUGUCCCAAACACAAUUCUUUCCCUAAACUUCAUCCUGCAACUAUGUACAUGUGCUUAACCUCUCUUAUUCGGCUUUUAUUAGUCUACUUCCUCUAGUGGUAGAGCACAGCUGUAGGCACUCGUUGUCUCAGCUCGAACAUGGGCACGCUCGACCGGGGUAGUACCACGCUCUCACAGAAGAUCGACGGGGCAUAGCAACCUUCAAGUUGCCGAGUUACGUUCGGUGAGUGAAGAGCUCCGACGCCCACUUUUUCCAUAAAGCCAAUUCAUCUCUUCUCACUCCAAUUCA